UCAGGCUUUUGCAAUCUGCAGGAAAGCUUCACUCCGCACAACAGGAAGUUGUCAGCAUUUUGAUUGCUCACACACACACACACACACACACACACAGUGGACUUCCUGUGAUGAAGAUGAGAGUGGGCGGAGCCUCGAUGGAGUGGAUAAAAGAGGAAGACGUCCAGAUGAUGAAGCUCAGCCAGCAGACGGGCGCACACACACACUAACUAUGCUGACAUAGACGACUGGCGCUGUGAUUGACAGGUCUGCCCCCCCACCCUCACCCCCCUCCGCCCCCCCGCCGGCCCCACAGACUCCUCCCAGCCUUCAGUCCGUCCAGCCAUGUUGAUGAGGAGGAAGCUGUGCGCCGUCGUGCUGUUUGCUGCCAUCGUCAUCCUCAUGCUCGCCAGUCAGACCAUCCAGAGGAGACACCUCCUGUCUCUGUCCUUAGCCCCGCCCCUCAGCCGGGCCACGCCCUCCAGAGGAGCAACAGAGAUGAGGGCGGGGCCUGCUGCUGACCUGACCCCUGACCCCGCCGCGACUCCCCCGCCACCCAGCGCCGCCCGGCCCGACAGUCAAGAGGCGGAGCCUGAAGGCGAUCCCCGAGCCGCGGGACACGCCCCGGUCCAGCCCAGUCCGUGUGGCUGUGCUGACCCGUGUGUGUCGGAGCUGGGGGCGUCCCGCUGGUUCGGCGAGCGUUUCGACCCGCAGCAGCAGCCCGUCCUGCUCAGCAGCAGCAGCAACAUGGACGGCGAGGCGCUCAGAUGGUGGCUGGGUCUGCAGCGCUCCAAUGACGAGCAGACUCUGGAGGAAGUGAUGUCAAAGAUGUUCCGGGUCAUUUCCCCGCCCACUCUGGACCUCAGGCCCCGCCCCUCUCGUUGCCGUAGCUGCGCUGUGGUCGGCAACUCCGGCAACCUGCGGCACUCCAGACACGGCGGCCUGAUCGACUCACACAGCUCCGUGAUCCGGAUGAACAAGGCGGUGACUCGCGGUUUCGAGGAGGACGUUGGGAAUCGGACGACGCAUCACUUCCUGUACCCAGAGAGCGCCGUGGACGUGGGGCGGGGCGUCAGCCUCGUCCUGCUGCCCUUCAAAUUAAGAGACCUGGAGUGGCUGACCAGCGCGCUGUCCACCGGACAGGUCAAAAUGACCUACAUGCGGGUCAGAGACAGAGUCCAGGCUGAUAAAGAUAAGGUCCUGGUGGUGAACCCGGUGUUCUUCAAGUACGUUCAUGAUCGCUGGACGGAACAUCACGGCCGCUACCCGUCCACCGGCAUGCUGGCCCUCGUGUUCGCCCUGCACACCUGCGACCAGGUGUCGGUGUUCGGUUACGGUGCAGACCAGCAGGGGAACUGGCAUCACUACUGGGAGGAGAAUCGCUACGCCGGCGCCUUCAGGAAGACGGGCGUGCACAACGCCGACUUCGAAACGCAGAUCAUCCAGAGGCUCGCCAAGGAGGGCAAGAUCAGCCUGCACCUGUGACACACACACACACACACACACACACACACACGCACACAUACACGCAC